AUCCUCGCCAUGGCGUCGUGUCUUUGCUCUCUCAGUAAGAGAAAGUGGCCGCCUCUCUGCUGUUGCUGCCGACUCAAACCUCACAGACUCGCUCGGCGCCUCAAACCGCCAUUUUGGAGUCAGAGAAGCGAGAGUCGGCAGCAGCUAGGAGAGAGACGAAAAGGGGGACACGGGGCCGAGGGUUUUUCUACUUUGUCUUGUUAUUAAUCUUGGAAUCAAGAUUAAUGAUGUUCCUUACUGAGGAGUAAAAGGUCCUGCCCUGCUGGGCAGAGGUAUCGUUGGUACUGCAUGGCAUCAGAGCAGGGUGGCCAGCUGGAGGUUGGGGCAUCAGGGAGCUCUGGCCUAGCCAGACCGCUUUACCUGCAGCGCUUAGAAAGAUCCCUGAGGUUGGACAGUUUCCUCCGCCAGACCGCUGCCAUCUUCAACAGAGACAUAACCAGUGAUGACAGCGAUGACAGCGAUGUUGCACUGGGGAUAGGGCUAUCCCUGGACCCCUCCACUCAACAUACAGCUCUGAUAGUGAAGAGUGAGUCAUGUGAGCAGGGGGAUGGGAUGCCAGAAUGCAAACCCCUCAAUGGAAUUCUGGUGCAAGGUAAAGACCAAAAGGCAGAUAAAACAAACUUCUACAAUUUCUCCAAGCUGAAGAAGAACAGGAAAUGGCUCAAGAGUAUCCUGUUAAGUGACGACACCACAGACUCAGACACAGACUCAGAUGACUCUGAUUUCAGUUUGUCGCGGGAGGACCUGCAUGACAUGCUGAGGCUACAUCGCUACACCAGGCAGCAUCAGAGCAAGUUCCAUUCUGACCAGGAGCUUCACCAAUAUCAGUACUACAGCACUGGACUCCUUUCUACUCAUGAUCCCUUCUAUGAGCAACAGCGCCACCUGCUGGGCCCCAAGAAGAAGAAAAUCAAAGAUGAGAAGAAGCUCAAGGCCAAACUGAAAAAAGUGAAGAAGAAGAAGAAACGUGGAGAGGGAGAGUUUCUGGAUGAGGGACGUCCUUAUGUCACCAAGAUCUUUGCAAAGUUUUCCCACGAUGCUCCAGUGCCCAUGGUGAAGAAGAAACAUCUAACUAUUGAGCAGCUGAAUGCGCGACGACGUAAGGUCUGGCUCACUAUUGCCAAAAAGGAGAUCCCCAAGUCUUUCAAGCAGAAGACCUCUGCUAAGAACCUAGUACUGACCAAUACUAAAAAGCUGGCUCAUCAGUGUAUGCGGGAGGUGCGGCGUGCUGCUAUCCAGGCCCAGAGGAACUGUAAGGAGACAUUACCUCGAGCUCGCCGCCUCACCAAGGAGAUGAUGCUGUAUUGGAAGAAAUACGACAAAGUGGAGAAGGAGCACAGGAAGAGGGCAGAGAAGGAGGCCCUGGAGCAACGUAAACUGGACGAAGAGAUGAGAGAAGCUAAGCGUCAGCAGCGCAAACUUAAUUUCCUCAUUACCCAGACGGAGCUGUACGCUCAUUUCAUGAGUGGUAAAGCCACUGCAGGGGGUCCAGGUGGAGAUACAGGUCAAGAGGAAAUCCUGAGAAAGCUCGAAGACACUGUGGCACAGAGACAGAUAGACAUUGGUGGAGGUGUAAUGGUCAACAUGGGACAGGAGGACUAUGACAGUGAAUACUACAAGUCCCAGGCCCUGAGGAAUGCCAAAGAGGCCUACCAGAUUCAUCAAGAGAGAACGCGAAUGUUCGAUGAGGAGGCGAAGGACAGUCGCAGUGCGUCUUUACAUGCCGCUGGCAGCUCAUCGUUGGGCGCCGGCUCCGGGUUUGGAGAGAGCUACAGCCUUUCCAACCCAUCCAUCCGUGCCGGUGAAGACAUCCCUCAGCCCACCAUCUUCAACGGCAAACUCAAGGGUUACCAACUUAAAGGCAUGAACUGGCUGGCCAACCUCUACGAGCAGGGAAUCAAUGGAAUUCUGGCAGAUGAGAUGGGGCUAGGGAAGACAGUCCAGAGUAUUGCCCUGUUGGCACACCUAGCAGAGAGAGACAAUAUCUGGGGUCCAUUCCUGAUCAUCUCUCCAGCAUCCACACUCAACAACUGGCAUCAGGAGUUCAGCCGCUUCGUGCCCAAAUUCAAGGUGUUGCCAUACUGGGGGAACCCUCAUGAUCGCAAGGUGAUUCGGAAAUUUUGGAGCCAGAAAACCCUUUACACACAAAAUGCGCCAUUCCACGUGGUGAUUACGAGCUAUCAGCUGGUGGUCCAGGAUGUUAAGUACUUCCAGAGGGUCAAGUGGCAGUACAUGGUUUUGGAUGAGGCACAGGCACUGAAAAGCAGCACCAGUGUCCGCUGGAAAAUCCUCCUGCAGUUCCAGUGUCGAAACAGACUGCUGCUCACCGGAACGCCCAUUCAGAACACAAUGGCUGAGCUCUGGGCCCUGCUGCACUUCAUCAUGCCUACACUGUUUGAUUCCCACGAAGAGUUUAAUGAGUGGUUCUCCAAGGAUAUCGAAAGCCAUGCUGAAAACAAAUCUGCCAUCGAUGAGAACCAACUUUCCAGACUGCACAUGAUCCUUAAGCCUUUCAUGCUGCGCAGGAUCAAGAAGGAUGUGGAAAACGAGCUCUCAGAUAAGAUUGAGAUCUUGACUUACUGUCAGCUGACAUCCCGACAGAGGCUGCUCUACCAGGCUCUGAGGAACAAGAUCUCUAUCGAGGACCUGCUGCAGUCCUCCAUGGGCACUGCCCAGCAGGCUCAUAGCACCACCUCCUCCCUCAUGAACCUGGUCAUGCAGUUCAGGAAGGUGUGUAACCACCCCGACUUGUUUGAGCGCCAGGAAACACGCUCUCCUUUCCACAUGUCCCUCAAGCCCUACGCCAUGUCUAAGUUCCUCUAUCAUAAUGGCCUCAUCCACACACACAACCAGGCCAGGAACAAACUGCUUCAAGUGUUGUUGUCUCCCUUCUCUCCAAAUUACAUCCAGCAGUCUCUUUUUCACAGAAAAGGUGAUGACAAAGGAAGCUGUUUCUCCUUCCUGCGCUUCAUCGACGUGUCACCAGCUGAGAUGUCCAAUCUCAUGCUGCAAGGCACCUUAGUGAGAUGGUUAGCCCUUUUUCUAUCCCUGAAAGCUGUGUACCGGCUCUACUAUCAACGCCUGUUUGACCUUGAAGAAGAUGGCAAAGCCACAGAUGGGGAGGGAGGCAGAGGGAGGUUACAGCCCAGGAGUAAGUGUUUGUCUCGCAAAGACCUGAUUCUGUGGCUGAACAGGCCCACCAGCUUCCCCAGCAUGCACACAAGCCCUGUGCUACAGAGCCUGGUGUUUACAGCCUUCAGACCCGGCAUGGUGGGACACACAGAUGUGAAGAUCCACAGCAGAAAUUCUCCCACCUCCACGCUGCGGCCCUGCCAGCCCACUCUGCCACCCAAAUUCCUGCAAGCUGCUAUGCCCAGGGUGACGGCAGUUCCCAUGGAGCGUUAUUGUGACGACCGCAGUGCUGAGUAUGAAUGGUGGGUGACGCGCAGUGGAGGUGGCACAAUCUUCAAACAAUGUUUCCUCUACGGUUCCCCUGAACUUGCCUCAGACUGGCGUGCGAGGGCCAUUGCCUUCCACCCACAAUGCCCUGGGGGUAUGAUGGCCGUCUAUCCUCGCCAUGGAUGGUCUUUCAUUCGGAUACCUGAUAAGGAGAGCCUAAUCAUGGAAAGUGGCAAGCUCCACACCUUGGAUGUCCUGUUGAGUCGGCUGAAGGCGCAGGGACACCGAGUCCUCAUCUACUCUCAGAUGACACGCAUGAUAGAUCUGCUGGAGGAGUACAUGGUUUAUCGUAAGCACACCUACAUGCGCCUGGAUGGAUCCUCCAAGAUUUCUGAACGCAGAGACAUGGUGGCUGACUUCCAGAGCCGGACGGAUAUCUUUGUGUUUCUGCUGAGUACACGGGCCGGAGGACUUGGUAUUAACCUGACCGCUGCUGACACCGUCAUCUUCUAUGACAGUGACUGGAACCCUACAGUGGACCAACAGGCCAUGGACAGAGCUCACAGGCUGGGUCAGACAAAGCAGGUCACCGUCUAUCGCCUCAUCUGUCAGGGUACCAUCGAGGAGAGAAUCCUGCAGCGGGCCAAGGAAAAGAGCGAGAUCCAAAGGGUGGUGAUCUCUGGAGGCAAUUUCAAGCCAGACACGCUCAAACCCAAAGAGGUGGUCAGCCUGCUAUUGGACGAUGACGAGCUGGAGAAGAAAUUGCGUCAGAGACAGGAGGAGAAGAGGCAGCAAGAGGAGAGCAGUAAGGUGAAGGAGCGCAAGAGAAAGAGGGAGAAGUACGCUGAGAAGAAGAAGAACGAGGAGUCAGAGACCAAGAGGAAAAAGGAGGUGAACCUGGUCAUCUCCCAUGCACCUUCAGCUGACAACUCUAACCUGUCUGCAGAUGGAGACGACUCCUUCAUCAGCGUCGAGAUGGACUCAGCCAUGCCCAGCCCCUUCAGUGAGAUCUCCCUGAGCAGCGAGCUCCAGCCUGGCUCGUUGCCACCAGAUGCCGAUGCGGAUGAGAGCAGUAGCGACAUGCUGGUCAUUGUGGACGAUCCAGUGUCUUCUGCGCCGCAGUCUCGUGCCACUAACUCCCCUGCCUCUGUGUCUGGAUCAGUCUCUGAUAACAUGAAUGGUGUUUCAGCCUCAGACACGACCAGCCCUGGCAGAGGCAGGUCUGGGCGGAGUCGAGGACGACCUAAAGGAUCCGGAGGUGGGGCAAAGUCAGGUGGGAAAGGACGUGGGCGCAAGUCAACGGCGGGCAGUGCGGCAGCUAAGGCAGGAGCGAUAGCUGGUGCAGCAGCUGCAUCAGCUGCAGCUUAUGCUGCUUAUGGCUACAGCGUUUCUAAAGUAGGCCUCUCUGCGUCCAGCCCCCUGCAGCCUUCCCUAGGCAGGUCUGGCACCAGUCCUGCCUUCAACCCCAGCAGGAGCUCCUCUCCCCAGGCCAAAGGAGGCACCUCCACCCCCAGCCCCCACAGACAGCUGACCCACAGCCACCACCACAGCAGCCACGGUGCAGUCCGGAAGGGCAAAGGCCCUGGUGGUCCUGGGGCUCGAUGAUGCGCUCAUACACACUGUACACACAUGAACGCCUGCACACACACUGACAGAUGACCUACUCUCACUGUGAUCGGGACAGAUGCCCUACACCUAAACUCAUAAACAGCGACCAUGGUAUCUUAACUGAGGCUCACUACCUGGAGGACAACACUCUGCCUGCUGCCUCAGCAACUAGAUGGACCCUCUUCACACACACACCACAGUCAUCUGAAAGUACAAUCCCUACCAGCUUCCACGUUUCCUGUCAGUUUUAUUUGAAUGUGUCCAGGUCAGUGGAAAAAAUAUCUGCCUUGAGUAUUUUUAUUUGCAUUUUGGCAAAUUUGUCUAAGUGCUUUUUUGGGAAGACAAACUUUUCUAUUUGUGACAGAAAACAUUUUUGAUUUGCUACCUAGCAGUGAUGUUACAACAAAGACGUGAUCGAACACGUGUAGCUUAAAGGGCUUUGAAAUCCCUGUGUUUGCCAGGGUAGUGAGGCACCAUCGUUUCUGUCAGAUGCACUGAGCCAUGUCUUCCGUUUUUGGUGUUAGUGAUUCUCAUUCUCGUAUGUUAGGUUAUUUAAUUGUUCUAUAGAGAUGCUCAGUGCUGACUGGUGGAUGAUUCUGCCAUUCACAAGAGCUUAAUGUGAACCUACACCUUACCUACACACACUUUACCAAACCAUAUCUCUACAGCUUUUCUACUAAAGCUCUUAUUUUUGUAAUAAAAGAUGCAAGUACCCAAACCAACGUGGCAAAUUGUGUCCAUAAAAUAUAUUCCACUAUGGAUAGAAAUGAAAAAAUUCUAUAUUUUUUGCCCAGUGCGAAAAUGAAUGAAUGGAUAGUGUAAAAAUUAUAUUCCAAAAUGAGUGAUACUGGUUGACACAGUAAUGCUGCUAACGGUAAAUCUAAGAAUUCACUCCAAUUAGUUGGUCAUCUAAUAUUUAAUUUAUUUGAGUUAUUUUAAAAAUGGGCAAUUUAUGAUAAUUGCGACUGGGAUAUUCACCUGUAAAGCCGUGUAAAUUGUAUUAAAGUCAGUUUUAUUUUUCACAAAUAGUUUUUUUGUGAAGAGUAGUCUGUGGUUCUGUUUGAUGUCCUAGAAAGGAAAGGUUUGUGUAAGUGUCCUAAGUUGAGCACUACAUUUGUUAUAGGUUUGUUUUGUGUCAAUAGUCUGAUUAAAAUCUGAUGUUCUAUAUUGAUGUAUAUAAUGAUGAGAGCAACUUUUCCACUGACUUUUCCCUCAUUUGCCUGUCUAUUUUUCUAGGCCAUGUGUACAUAUGACAAAAAUACAUCAACCAUUUUACCAACAGGAAGAGCCGAGUGAAAAUAAAAGUGCGCUAAAUCGGCAUUUCUGCUUUUUUUUUUU